UUUUUUAUCUGGGGAAAGGAACACUGUUCCAUCAUAUGCUUGCGUGGGAGAUGUAACAAGUGUGUGUAGUGCACCAGUACGACGCAAGUGUCAAGUUUGGAAUGAGUUUGUAGGAUUUUUUGCAGAGGAAAAGGUUCCACAUGCAACAGAAACAACAAUAUAAACAGUAUAAUUUCCUCAAGGGUGAUUACAUCGAAUCGCUGAUCUUCGCAGGGGAGAUAAUGUGGGAGCAAGAUGAAUUCGAAAAACAUUGGAAGAAUGAAUUUCCUGACGGAGAAGCACCUAAAAUGGAUUUAGCCUCGGUGGAAGAUGUCGAGACAGAGCUGGAGAAAUGUAAAUCGAAUCUCAAAACGCUGCAGCAGGCGCUGUUGGAGGAGAAAUUCAAGGUGAUAUAUUUCCAGACCACCAUUGCUCGACAGAAGAAAAGUUAUGACAAGGUUAUGUGGGAAGACGGUAAAGACGAAAACUUGAAUAUUGAACCUUUAUUAUCAAGGACAGAAACGGAAAGAAAAUCGCUGAGGACAAACGAAAAGCUAGACAGUGAAAGUAUGAAAGUUCUUGGGAAUGGAAGCAUGAAACUGCAGACGCCAGGCAACAAAGGCACCAAACCAGAGCCGCCGAUCAGGAUCAGUAGCAGGACAGGUAAACCUAUACCCCCCGCGCCCCCGCGCAAGUCCAGCUUCCAGAAACAUGUGAAUACGAUCUCACCAGAGCUCUCUCAAGCGGAUGGAAACUGCAUCGGCCGCAUAGGGAAAUUGAAUUCCGUGACCGACAGCAACAGCAUAGAGGCCAGUGACCACGAAUACGAGGAUGCGGAGCUCAAUGAGAAUUUCUUAAAGGGCAACCUGGUGACCCCCAAAACGACCGUCAGAGACAGCCAGAGGUCGAACAUCCACCAGGACUCCCUGCGCCCUUUGCGCCACAGCAGGGACUUCGACUCCAGUGAUGAUGGGAGGUUGUCUCCUUCCUGCAUUCCUGCGCCCUUCAGGGCAUCCCGUACCGGCGGGUCCGGGCGCAGCACUCCAGACAGACGUAGUGAUGGCAACUUGAGCUCCGACCAUGAAGACUCCUCUUCAGAAAUGCAGGGCCUGUCGAGGCCCAUCCUGCUCUGCCUGUCUGCUCACAAAACAGCCAGCUCUAACUCGGACUUCAACAAUAACACAGACGGGUAUGACGGUGACACAGCAGAGGAUCGUAAGAGUCAGGACGGUUCAGAGACCAUGCCCUUCAUAGAUGAGUCCCCCACCAUGUCCCCGAGCCUGUGUGCCCGUGGCCCCGAUGGAGAGGCCAUCUCCCCCGUCCCCCCAGAGGGUCUGCUGCCCAGGGGGGACAUAGAGAAGGGUCUGGAGAUGAAGAAACUGGUUCUCUCUGGCUUCCUGGCCAGUGAGGAGAUCUACAUCAACCAGCUGGAGGCUCUGCUACUGCCCAUGCGCCCCCUGAAGGCGACAGCCAACUUGUCCCAGCCGGUGCUGAGCAUACAGCAGGUAGAGACCAUCUUCUAUAAGAUCCAGGACAUCUUUGAGAUCCACAAGGAGUUCUACGAUGCCCUCCUCCCUCACAUACAACAGUGGGAUGAGAAGGUCGCAGUCGGACACCUCUUCAAGAAACUGGCCAGCCAGCUGGGGGUGUACAAGGCCUUUGUUGACAACUACAAGACAGCGGUGGAGACAGCAGAGAAAUGCAGACAGGCCAACACCCAGUUCCAGCAGAUCUCUGAGAACCUGAAAGUAAAGGGACCCAAGGACUCUAAGGACUGUACCACAAAUGUCACCAUGGAAGCUCUCCUGUACAAGCCGAUUGACCGUGUGACCAGAAGCACACUGGUUCUUCAUGACCUGCUGAAGCACACCCCUAAGGACCACCCAGACUUCCCCCUGCUGCAGGACGCUCUGAGGAUCUCCCAGAACUUCCUGUCCUCCAUCAAUGAAGAGAUCGACCCCCGCAGGACCGCCAUCACCACGCCUAAGGGAGAGGCUCGUCAGCUGGUGAAGGAUGGUUUCCUGGUGGAGAUGUCGGAGGGCUCCAGGAAGCUGCGUCACGUCUUCCUCUUUACAGACCUGCUGCUCUGUGCCAAGAUGAAGAAGACCUCUGCAGGGAGACACCAGCAGUAUGAGUGUAAGUGGUACAUCCCCCUGGCAGACCUGACCUUCCAGUUGCUGGAUGACUCGGACGUCCUUCCCCACAUCCAGGUGCUGCCAGAACACGAGAUAGAGGAAAUAAAGAUCAAGAUCUCAGUCAUCAAGAGUGACAUCCAGAAGGAGAAGAAAGCGCUGAAGGGCCAGAGUCGUAACGUGGAGCGUCUGAGGAAGAAGAUGAAUGAGCAGGAGUCCUGGCUGCUGUUACACUCGCCCACCAUCCCCUUCCGCAUCCACAACAAACACGGCAAGAGCUACCUGUUCCUCCUGUCUUCAGACUAUGAGAGGUCAGAGUGGAGGGAGAGCAUCCAAAAACUACAGAAGAAAGAUCUGCAGACGUGUCAGUUGAGCUCUGUAGAGCUACAGGUCCUCACCAGCUCCUGCUGCAAACUCCGAACCGUCCACAACAUCCCUGUCACCAGUAAUAAAGAUGAUGAGGAAACCUCAGGCCUGUAUGGAUUCCUCCAUGUGAUCGUCCACUCUGCCAAAGGCUUCAAAGAGUCAGCCAAUCUGUACUGUACCCUGGAGGUGGACUCGUAUGGCUACUUUGUCAGCAAGGCCAAGACCCGCGUCUUCAGAGACACCACUGAACCACAGUGGAAUGAGGAGUUUGAAAUUGAGCUGGAGGGUUCUCAGUGCCUGCGGAUCCUGUGCUACGAGAAAUGUUACGACAAGACCAAGCUCAACAAGGAUGACAAUGAGAUCGUGGACAUUAUCAUGGGCAAGGGCCAGGUGCAGCUGGACCCCCAGACGGUGCAGUCCAAGAACUGGCACGUGGACGUCAUAGAGAUGAAUGGGAUCAAGGUGGAGUUCUCCAUGAAGUUUACUAGUCGGGACUUGAGUCUGAAGAGAACGCCCUCCAAAAAACAGAGUGGGGUGUUCGGGGUCAAAAUCAGUAUUGUGACAAAGCGCGAGCGCUCCAAGGUGCCUUACAUAGUCCGCCAGUGCAUUGAGGAGGUGGAGAAGAGGGGGAUCGACGAAGUGGGAAUCUACAGGAUCUCAGGGGUGGCCACUGACAUCCAGGCCCUCAAAGCAGCAUUCGACACCAAUAGCAAAGACAUUCUGGUGAUGUUGAGUGAUAUGGACAUCAACGCCAUUGCAGGGACUCUGAAGCUGUACUUCCGUGAGCUGCCAGAGCCCCUGCUCACUGACCGCCUGUACCCAGCCUUCAUGGAGGGCAUCGCUCUGUCAGACCCUGCAGCCAAGGAGAACUGCAUGAUGCACCUGCUGCGCUCUCUGCCUGACCCUAACCUCAUUACCUUCCUCAGCCUGCUGGAGCAUCUCAAGAGAGUUGCUGACAAGGAGCCCAUUAACAAGAUGUCCCUCCACAACCUGGGCACAGUGUUUGGCCCCACCCUGCUCAGGCCCUCUGAGUCAGAGGUCACCAAGGGACACAUCACACUGGCCUCUGACAUCUGGUCACACGACGUCAUGGCGCAGGUCAGUGUGACUUGGGUCCAGGUGUUGCUGUACUACCUGCAGCAUCCUCCCAUCUCCUUCGCUGAGCUGAAACGGAACACACUCUACUUUUCCACUGACGUUUAAUCCCUUGGGGGUCCAGAGAGAAAGACUCAACAGCAAAUCCCCCCACCCCCAUACCACCCAGCUCCCUUUUAAAACUGGACAGCCCCCGCUGAGAGAUGGAGUCAGACGUGGGGGAAGAGGAGACAUGGUGCUCCCCCUGGAUCCCAUAGUCACGUCUUCUAGUGUCAUGUUAGUGUGCAGUGCAUCCAUCUGGUGAAGUGCAGGUGUGGAGGGAGCAGCAGACCUCUGGCCCACAGUAACCCCACAGACAGCCACCAUUCUGGGACCUCUAUCAGUGAGGGGUUAAAGGUCAGGGUCUGGUUUGUUACUGACUCCAUUUCUCUCUUUUUUUCUCCAGAGGCAUUCCAAGAAAAAUUGCAUUUACACAUUUUAUAAAUAUUAUUUGUUCAAUAGGUCCUUUGUUUCUCUCUGGCUUUGUGCAUGUGGCGGAGGAGGGCUCUGUGUGUUUGUAGAACCGCGUGGGAGCGUGCGUGUUAAAGCAAGGAGCUGAGGACUGAGCUUGCAAGCCGCCAGUAAAGUCAUGCCAGUGAAUGGUCACUGUCAGAUUUUCUCUCCGUGUGCAAAGACAAGAGAGCACAGCCCUCCCUCUGUCUGAGUGUUGGCCAAAUUUACCCCUAUUAUUUAUAAAUAAAUAUAUUACGUGUGCCUGUACAGUCCAGUACAAUUAGAGAAUUGCGCCAGGGAGUCUGUUUGAAGUUUUUUCAAGUAGUGUUUUUUUUUUAGCUUAUUCACAGCCAAGGUUGGCUGAGCUGUACUGAAACGAUCACAGCAACACAGUGUAAAAUCUGAGUUUAUUCUGAACCACUCUUUAAAGAGACAUAUCAAUCUGUGAGAUGAGGGUUAUGGAAAAAUGUAACACAUUUUUGAACAUUAGCUUUUUUUUUGUCAUUACAUUGCAAGCCUGUUCCGAGUGUCCAAUGACACCAGUUAUAAUCUACGGGAUGAUGUGUGUAGUGUAAUGCCCUCAUUGCAUGUUCAGCUUGUCAAUCAUAUCAGGCUGGGUGACAAAGGUAGGUUGUCACUGCUAGUUUGUUGCACCAGCAAUCUCCAUCAAUGCUGUAUAAAUCCAACCUUUCUGCUAUCAAGUCUGAGACAUAUCUUAAAAUAAGCACUGUUAGAUGAGUCCUAUUUGAUAUUUUAAAUAUGAUUUAAAAGAAAACAUGUAUUUUACUUCCUUUGAGAACAAUGAGUAUACUGUAUUAACAAGGAUAAAUGUUGAUGUAAACUUUUUUUUUUGUAAAAUAAGUGUACCAAAAUGAAGUUGUCUUUAACUUUUAUUGCAAGUAAUUAAUUUUUUGGUACUUAUGUUUUUGUUUGGUUUGGUGCAGAAUACUACACAUUGUGAUAGUUGGGAAGUGACAUUCAUGUAUUAUAAUUUUCAGUACAGUCCAAACUCAAUUUUUUGCACUGCAAUCUUAAGUAUUCCGAAUCUAUUAAGCAUGCAGUUACCAAACAAAUCAUUAGAAUUGAAAAAUGAAUACAAACCUACAGGAGCAAUUAGCAGUGGUUUGUGUUUUUAUUGAUAACCAGUCCUGCAAUUAAAUGACACAUCGAACCCACAACUGAGUUCGUAUUAUUCACCAUUAAUGAAUUUUAAACAUCUGUAGAUCUCAUCUGGGUGGGCACCUCCAGUCAUGUAAUGCAUUGCUCAAUGACUUUAAAUAAACUAUUUACACCCGUGA